AACGAACGGUCAUACCAAAUUAAAAACCAGCCAUGACUAACUAAGCUAGGCUUCCAAAUCAAGCCACGUGGCUCAACCUUGUGUCGACUCCUCCCACAGCCAUGGACACGUGUCUCUAGCCCAACUUCCUUCAUAUGAGAAUGAGAGCAUUCUCUUGUCCAGAAAACAAUACAAACAAACAAAGCAAAAAGAAACAAUCAAAAGUCGGCGGCAAAAAUGAGUUCCGGUAUUGGAAGUUUGGUGAAGGUCAUCUUUAAGAACUUCGACGUUAUCGCUGGACCUAUUAUUAGCUUGGUUUAUCCUCUAUACACAUCAGUGAGGGCAAUAGAGUCGGGAGCUCAUGGAGACGACAAGCAAUGGCUCACUUAUUGGGCUCUUUAUUCACUUAUCAAUCUCUUUGAACUCACUUUCUACGGACUCAUCAAACGGAUCCCGAUAUGGCCAUACGCCAAGCUAGCACUAAUUUCUUGGUUGGUGUUACCGGGCUUGAGCAGUGCUGCUUAUGUUUACGAGAACUAUGUUCGUUCAUUCCUUUUACGCCCACAUAGUGUUAAUAUAUGGUAUGUACCCGCUAAGAAGGACGAAGAUGACUUACCAGCAGCUGCUGGGAAAUUCACUCCGGUAAACGAUUCUGGUGAGCCUACGGAAAAGCGUGUGAGCUCGGUGGAUACAUCAGCCAAAUAUGUUGGUCACUCGGCCUUUGAUGAUACAUAUGUCUACUAGCUACCAAAGCUACUUCUGACCCGUUUUAGCUUAACAUCGUUACCCACGUAUUUCCUCUCUUUUUUCUCUCCGGUUAUUAUCGAGUUGUUGUUACCGGUUAAUAAAAUUUUAGUAUCAAGAUAAAAAUUGUUAAAUUAAAUGCAUGGUUAAUUUAUAUUUGUUACUCCUUUCGUUUCAUUAUAAAUGCUACUUACACACUUUACACACAUAUUAAGAAAAUAAAAAAAAUGAUUGAAAUGUAUUUAUGUUUUUAUUAAUUAUAUUUAAUUGACCAAUAAAUAGAUCAAUAAUAUUUAAGAUAAAUAUAUUUAUUUAUUAAAACAUUUUAUUUUACAAUUAAUAUUUAAUUGAAAGUAAGUAAAAACUAAAAAUCUAAAAUGAUAUUUUUUAUAUAACAG